AUGGCUGGUUCAAGCGACAUUGUCAUAAGCCCAUGGUUAGGAAAAGACUCAGCAAACAAGCUUCGGACCUUGCGACUUGACCAACAAACGGUGCGAGUUGACCAGAAGGACAAGCCUCAUGUCACCCAGGGCGAAACGCCCAGAGUGAACGUGGAUGUAGUAGGUGAAUACUCGGACGCUCAUAAGAACAAGGGUUGGCAAGAUGCGGCAGCAAAAAGAACAUCCAGGUUGCUCAAGGAGAUGUGGGCACAAACGUCAGAAAACCUGAAAGAAACGCCAGCCAUGGAUGGACUCGCCAACUCCUCAACUCACCAGAAAAGUAUGCUUGAAAUUGAACAGGUUAGAAGCGCCCUUGAAGUUCGAGCGCAACGACAUAGCCUGAAAUUGAACUGGCGGCAGUCGAUUGUCGAUCUUCUGAAAUUACUGGGCCUUGCUUCCGACAUCCAAGCGCGCUGUAGACUAGCAAGACUGCUAAACGUUCAGAACUUCCUUCCAGGUUCCCCAGAAAGCAACAUGGCUCUUCAUCGUGCAGUUAUCCAGGAAUUAGCACGGAACGGCGGAGACCUUCCAAGGGACACGAGGAACCAACUAGUCGGUCCAGGGAAAUCAGCAAGAAUGGUAGAAAUGGAUAGCGAUGAAAGCGAAGUUGAAAGUGUCUUUUCAGAUGACUCAACAGCUUCUUCAGUGUCCGCGUUCAGUCAGACCGCGAAUCCCGCUCUAGAGAUAGCGCACCUGCUGCUUAGCAACAAUGUGCUGAGGCCACUUCUUAAUAUCGCAUAUGCGAGGUACAGCACCAGGAGAGUCACAAGAAAGCUUAAGAGCUUAGUUUCCCAUUAUGGGCGUGAUCUGGUGUCUGAGGCUUCUGGUGACGCCCACAGAUGUUCCGCGCAAUUUGUUGUCAAAGCAGCACGGCAAAUCACAACUCAGUUAAUUUCUAGGUCAAUGGUGCCAGAAGCAAAGAGCAGCAUUGUCUCAAAUCGCAAGGAACUUGAAAACCUACUUUUGGCACAGUCAACCCAACGACGAGCCCCCAAUGACCCCAAAGACCCAUUGUCUGACACUGAGGCGGAGCAUUCAGAGCAAUCAGAGUCUGAGAGCGAGCUUUCACUGCCUGUACUCCAGGUGGUUGAGCAAUUCAUGGUUGAAUCCAAGGCAUUUGCCAUUCUGGUAGCCAGAUUACGGGAAUGGCUGGGUAUCCUUGACGAAGAUGUGGACGAAAAUAUGUCGAUUGAUCAAGUAACCAGGUCUCCGGAAUCUUCCGACUCAAUCAACAGUGCCAUAACAGAACAGACGGCAUAUUCACGGAUACCCGAGCUGUCUCAGCAACAUACUACGCUUGAAGCGUUAAACAAGGAGGCAAACCAAAGCUUCCUGCGACGAACGCUAUCAUGGGUCACCCUAUUAGAGCCUAUGUUCUGGCCAAGACCACCAGAAGGAUUCAAACGCAUUACAUGGAGAAGUCCUCUCGGAAAGCCUCUUUACAUUGACGUCAAAGAGCGCGAGGAUGGUGCAGUAGAUCGCUUACAAGAAAGGUUCAUAGCAUCCGCUCAAGAGAGGUCGUCAGCCUCUAGCUCCUCUUCUUCCUCCACUUCCAGUACACUGGGAACCGUCUCAAGUGGCACACCAGCUAUGACGCUUCGCGCGCCUCCCGCUGCCCUUGUCAUGAACAGGUCUUCUACUCAGUCCACCAUCUCUCAUCACGCCAAUAGAGCACACAGUCAGCCCAGUCCAACCAUGUCUGCAACAGUACCGAACAAUAUCCGCCAAGCAAGCGUGAAAUACCUCCUAGUCUGUUUCAGUACAAGUAAAUCGGAGAGACUCGAACUGAUUAACGUGACGCACUUCGGCAACGAUCAAACUCUCUUUAAAUCUCUCCACGAAGUCUAUAACUCUAUCAGGGAAAAAGAAUCAUGGACCUCCAAAAUACCGCUUUUAAGACCUGGGAAAAUGCCCCAUUGGCUAUGUCGGUGCUUGAACCAUUUACAUCUUUACAAACCGAGGAAGAUUAAUUUUGUAUCUUUCAGUCUAAUGCCCCUCGGCCAAACCCCCACCCCCUUUAAUAUAAAGACCCCAUCCAUCCCGCCAGAACAGGAAGUCCACCUCCAGAACUGGCACUACUCUCCCUGUCCCAUCGAAAUCGAGGAGUGGGCUAUAAGUGAAGCUUUUGCAGCAAAGCUCCUUGAACCAGGACACGCGUUUCCAAACGCAGAGUGGUUAGAACUCUUUCCUAAGAAGUUGCGGUCGUCUUUCAUUUACGAGCCAGGUAAAAGAUCUACAUUAUGGGGUAUAAAUAUCGUUGAAGGGCUCAACAAGGCUGCUCUCGUGCGGAUCGCCCUUUGUGUGGUGCUCUCAAGCGCGUUGCUGGGGCUGGUAUACUCGCUUGCUUCGCAUGACGUGUCCGCUGCCUUCGCGUUGGCGGGGUGGUUUGCGACUUCUGCGGCUCUGUUCAUUCCGUAUUUUCAGUUCAAAGAGUAA